GUAGCCGAUCCAGAGCAAGGAGAUAUCAUAGACGAGACCCUUGACCUUUUUCGUGCCAAUUCGCUCUUCUGCAACUUUGAGAUCAAAGGACCUGCGGACCGACUGCUAAUCAUCCUGAUUCUCUAUAUCUCUGAUUGCUUGGCGAAGAUCGGUUCUGCUCGCACAGUGCCGACGCAGAUUGAAGCAUCAAAGAUGUUGAAUACGUUAUCCGUAGACAAUCUCGCCAUCCCAGGUGAUGCU